CCGAAAAUGACGUCAUCAUCCCGACGACGCUCAGCUCUGUAGUAGUCGCGCGUUACUCGUUCACCUAAACUGUAUCAAACCAUAUAAACAUCAAACUGUUUGUCGGAGCGGCCCUUCGUCAACCACCUCUCACAUGCGGAAUAAAUCUUUUUCGCUCUCCCUGUUUUAUAUAUGAUUUUAAUCGGACUGAAACGACUUUAGAGAGAGUGGCAGUGCGCCGGGGGAACUGUACCUGCCCGUUUGGUUGAGUCUUUACGGUAAAGCAUGGCAGCUUGCAUGACACUCACGAGAGCAGCUACCUUAGCCAGAAUGUUCUAGCAUCUUCAUGUUUGUGUGUUUAAAAGGUGAGUCAGCCGGCACACCGAGCAGCUCACACACACCGACGGUGGACUGGUUUAACACAGACACACAGGACGCCCGGUGAGACAGGCUGACUUUGUUUUGUUCUCGUACAAACGGCAGUUAGCCUUCUGGCUGUGUGGCCGAGCGAGCAGGGAGCUAACAUUAGCUAACGGAACACGAGCAGCAGAUACUUGUCACCCCCUUCGUGUUUCGUCAUGGCAGAGGACAGACAAAACAGAAGAUACCCCCCAAAUCUCCAGGGGGUCCUGCGGCUGGCGGUGGAGGCAGGCUCUGCAGCGGAGGGACCUGCUCCUGUCCAGCCCCUGUCAGAGGAGAGGAAGGAGUGGUUGAGAGGAGCUCUUGCAGAGAUGUGUAAAGGGCAGCUGGACGAGGUGGAGCAGAUGAAGCAGUGCUUGGCUGUCCUGCACAAAGAUGGAAUGACCGCCAGGGAGAGAGACGGAGAGGAAGAGAGGGAUGAAGAGGACGACGAAGACGAGCGGGAAUCAGCCCUGGAGCUGCUGUCAGAGUUGUGUGAGAACCUGGACAACGCUAGAGACCUGAUGGCUCUGGGUGGACUGGAGUUGUGCGUCUCUCAGUGCUUGUGUCACACCCAAAGUGGCGUCAGGUGGCGCACCGCCCAGCUGAUAGCUUCCUGUGCCCAGAACAUGCCAGAGGUGCAGUUCCACUUGCUUGGCUUGGGAGCGCUGCCCAAGCUGCUGCAGCUGGCAGACUCAGACCCCCAUCCCACAGUCCGGGUGAAAGCCCUGUACGCCGUCUCAUGUCUUGUCCGGGAGCAGGAGGCGGGACUCCGGGCGUUCCUCUCUCACGACGGCUUCUCCGUGCUGAUGCGAGGCAUGCAGUCGGACAACGAGAAGCUGCGCACCAAGUCGGCAUUCCUUUUGCUCAACUUGCUGACGGCACACCCGGAGCAGAAAGACACGGUCCUCUCCAUGGGUAUGGCACAACAGCUGGUAUCUGUCCUUCGCAUGCCCCACUCUCCUUUCCACGAACACGUGCUUGGUGCUCUUUGCUGUCUGGUGGAGGAUUGCCCACAGGGGCUUCGAGACUGCAGGAGUCCUUCUCUCGGCCUGGAGGAGCUACUCAAACAGAGAGUGAAAGAGCUCCAGGGAAAAGAGGAGAGUGAGGAAGAACUUGACUUCUGUGAGCGUUUGAGGACGAUGUGUUUCCAUGGACUGAAGUCAGACGACAACGGCAUGGAUCGCUGAGGCCUCGCUGGUUAUUCACCUCACUUGAUUCAGUAUCACUUGAUGAGUGUUUAAGGACUUGGAUCGUGGUUCUAAAGCAACUUUUUCUCUCUGAGGGCAAAGUUUCAUUGUUGGCAUGUUAGUGGAGUGUGGAAAUACCCAUGAGGGCCUGGCUUUUACAUUGUCCAUGAAUUUGAUGUAAAAUAUCCCUGAAAUUUGAAUGUGUCACUUCUUACUUUGUUGAUGUCCAGUGUUUUCAGUUCUCUUUAUCUCAAAUGUAAAACACACCUUUUCAUUAUAUAGUUUGCUACCAUAUAUUCAAAACAUUUUCUGUUUGUUUGUUUCAUCAUUUUCAUCAUUGUUUGUUUGUUUGUUUCAUCAUAUUGAAUUUCUUCAAGGUUAGGUUUGGUAGAUCAGUAAGUUAAAAAGAAAAAAAUUAAGUCAGCUGUAUCUUCAACUUUACACCAUAUUUAUUUAUUAUGAAUAUAACAAAAAGGCCAUUUUCAUGUCUUACAGCCAGCUUAAAAGUGGAAAACAUUGACACCACAUGUACAACCUACAAUUAAAUCAUAUGUAUCAAUACAA